AUGAUCAAAUAUUUUUACUCAAAAUGGUUAGAGUCUGAACGAACCACUGAUAUGAAGUUGAAUAUUGAACAAAUCCCAUUUUUGAUGGAUCAAAACAAUCGUUUACAAUUGACAAAAUAUAUUUAUUUUCCAGUUGAAACAAUUGGUAAUAGUGGUGGUACUGGUUGCAAGGAAUCAUUUGUAAACGAAAACAUAUUCCAUUGGUUAAAUGAAUACCAAAACAGCAAAUUAAAAGAAUGGUUGCAAAUGUUAGGUAUUACCGAAAGAACGGAUUUGACAUUUUUACUCAAAACGAUAAUUCCGAAUUCGACUACGUACAUAAAUCGAGAAAAUGCUAUAGCAACAAUAGAGAAGCUCUUUGUAUUGUUCCAAAAGGGUAUCAUUGGCAAGAAUGAGCUUGGUCAGUUGAAAACAUUGAAAUUAUUAACAACACGUGGUGCCUUAAGACCAGCUGAGAAAUUUUAUUUCUCGGACAAAUUUAAUCCCCAAUUACCACUAGAAGUAUAUUUGGAAACAAUUCAAGAUAUAUUUUUAUCGUUUGAUUACGUGACAAGCAACUUGUCCUGUGUGGAAAAAGAAAACCUUUCUGAAUGGCGUCGAUUUUUUUCUAUGAUGGGUGUUCAUGAAAAUUUAUAUUUGAUAAAGUUCGAUUUUGAUCACAUAAUAACAAGUGAUGAAGCAAUACAAUAUGAAUUUUCACCAGAUUAUGUGCUACGGCCAUCGCCUAACGGUCGCAGAAUUGCUAAUGCCUAUUCAGGUUUAAAAAUAAUAUCAUUUUUGCAGCAUACAACAGGUAAAACAUUUUGCGUUAAAGUCAAUGGCAUUUUCUGUGUUCUCUAUCAUUCUAGAUAA